AUGUCUGCUGCCACAAGCUCCUGCAAGCUCCUAAGCGGGCCGUUUGAGACCUUGAUCCAAGUGGCCCUCGGCUUCAUUGCGAUGUCUGUGCUCGUCCUGAAGCGGCUACGCGAAUCACCUCGGCGUCCGCUCGGCGUGUGGCUUUUUGACGCUGGAAAGCAAGCCAUCGGGGCUGGUGUUGCCCACGCAGCCAAUAUUGCGAUCGCGAUCGUGCUUGUGGGCUACAGCCAGAAGAAAGACUCGGCCGACCAAUGCGCCAUGUACUUUAUCAACUUUACGCUCGACACGUCCUUUGGCGUGCUCCUCAAUUGGGCGCUGCUUCGCGGCCUCGUUCGGCUUGCACAUCACUUCAAGUGGACGAUGCUGCAAAUACCAGGCGAAUAUGGCGACCCGAUUCAAGUCCAGGUCUGGCUCGUCCAGCUCGCGUCCUGGCUUGUCAUCAUCUUGCUCACCAAAGUGAUCAUCGGCCGCGUCAUUCUCCUCUUCCACCCAGAGCUCGAGGUGUUUGGCGACGUUCUUUUCGAGCCGCUUCGCGACUUUCCCCGCACAGAGCUCAUUCUCGUCAUGAUCGCGUGUCCGUGCCUCAUGAAUGGGCUGCAGUUUUGGGUGCAAGACAGCUUCCUCAAGAAAAAGGCCAAAUACGAGCGCGUACCAAAAGGCCGGCGCCAAGGUCGCCUUGGCACCGACAACGACGAGAAUCGCCGAGACCCCGUCGAUGUCGAACUCGCUUUGUGCAAGAAGACGUGA